AUGUUGCCAAGAAAUCGAGCUGUUCUAACAAGAAUUAGAGGUAGAAGUAAUCACUACUAUAAAUAUCUAUCAUCGCAAUCAAAUGUAGGAGAAAUCGACGUCCAAUUUUCAAAUGGAAAAUCUCUCCAGCUAACAACAGGGAAGUAUGCAAGGUUUGCGGACGGAGCGUGUGUAGCUACACUAGGAAAUACUAGUGUUCUCUCCACAGUUGUGUCGAAAGCUAAACAGAGUUCAAGUUCCUUUUUACCUCUGGUCGUAGAUUAUAGACAGAAAGCAGCAGCAGCAGGGCGAAUACCAACCAACUUCCUUAGGAAAGAAUUAGGUCCCACAGAAAGAGAAAUAUUAACAUCAAGAUUGAUAGACAGAUCACUGAGGCCAUUGUUUCCACAAAAUUACUUUUUCGAUACACAAAUUGUAUGUAACAUGCUAGCUGUGGAUGGAACCAAUCCGCCCGAGACUGUGGCUAUUAAUGCAGCUAGUGCGGCUUUAGCUCUGUCUGAUGUACCUUGGAAUGGACCUGUAGGUGCUGUGAGACUCGGACAAAUCGACAAUGAGAUAAUCAUAAACCCAACAAGAAGAGAACUUGAGAAGUCAUCAUUAAACCUAGUGGUUGCAGCGACAACCGGCAACUUGGUUGUCAUGAUGGAAGGUCAUGCGAACGUCAUCUUACAACAAGAUCUGCUCAAAGCCAUCAAAUUAGGUACAAAGGAAGCCCAGCAUGUUGUGCGGAGUAUAGAAAAAUUACAAAAAACACAUGGUAAAAUGAAAAGGGAAUAUGAGACACCGCCUCCAUUGGAACAGAGUAUAAUAGACUCUGUUAAAACGUUGUCUUCUAUGAAGAUUAGAGAAAUUCUAAGUGACUACAACCACGACAAGACAUCACGUGAUAUAGCGAUAUCAGAGCUCCGUCAAACAGUACUCAAUCAAUUGCGAGAAGCAGGUGACAUGGCUCCACUGCAGGACUGUUUCAAUGACAACCUCAAGCAGAUAUUCAGGGAUAUGAUAUUUGAGAACGAUGUGAGAUGUGAUGGACGGGGGUUGGAUGAUCUAAGGAACAUAUCUUGUGAGGUUGGUCUCUACGAACCCCUACACGGUAGCGCGGUAUUCCAGCGCGGACAGACACAAGUCCUGUGUACAGUUGCAUUUGAUUCUCCAGAGAGCGCUCUCAAAAUGGAUACAUUGACUAUGAUUACGAGUGGUAUAAAAGAGAAGAACUUCUUCCUGCACUACGAGUUCCCCUCGUACGCGACGGGCGAGGUGGGGCGGGCGGGCGGGCCGGGGCGGCGCGAGGCGGGCCACGGCGCGCUGGCGGAGCGCGGCCUGCUGCCCGUCGUGCCGCAGCAGGCCUGCGCCGUGCGCCUCACCGCCGAGGUGCUGGAGAGCAACGGUUCGAGCUCUAUGGCGUCAGUAUGUGGGGGGUCACUGGCUCUGCUAGAUGCAGGCGUGGCUCUGUCUGCCCCAGCGGCGGGCGUCGCAGUGGGGCUCGUGUCCCGGUCUGAGGACGGGCACAUACAGGACUACAGGCUGCUCACUGAUUUAUUAGGCAUAGAAGACUACAUGGGCGAUAUGGACUUUAAAGUGGCGGGUACGAAGAAAGGCAUAACGGCCUUGCAAGCUGACGUCAAGUUACCGGGACUUCCGCUGAAGAUCGUCAUGGAAUCAGUACAAAAGGCCAGUGACGCUAAGAGCAAGAUCAUCGAUAUCAUGAACAGUUGUAUUAACAAGCCCAGAGAAGGUAGGAAAGAAAACAUGCCAGUGAUGGAAGAAAUGGAGGUGGAGGCUCACAAACGCGCCAAACUGUUAGGAGUUGGGGGCACCAAUCUCAAGAAGCUUUACUUCGAAACGGGAGUUCAGAUAAGCCCGAUAGAUGAGACUCGCUACAGCGUGUUCGCGCCCUCACAGGCCGCCAUGGACGAAGCGAAGGCAAGGAUAUCCGCCGCACUCAACACUGAAAGGACACCAGAGUUGGAAUUUGGAGCCAUAUACACUGCUAAGGUAGUUGAAGUGCGGGAUAUAGGAGUGUUAGUGACACUUUACUCCGGCAUGCCGCCAGCUCUAGUUCAUAAUACGCAGCUGGAUCACAGAAAGAUAAUGCACCCAUCAGUCUUAGGUCUAGACGUAGGUUCAGAGAUCCAAGUGAAGUACUUCGGCCGCGACCCAGUGUCGGGACAACUGAGACUGUCUCGCAAAGUACUCACGUCCCCCCCGCCGGGCAUCGUCAGGAAACUUGAUAAAAGCUAAAAAUUAUAAUUUUAAUAAAAAGAGACUGAUAAUAAAUUACUUUAAUAUAAAAGUGUUUUGUUAAUUUAGUUGUAGACUGUUUAUAUGCUUAACUGAGGUAGGUCACAACAGGACAGUUAUGUUCUGCUCACAAUCUGGAGUAGCCCAACUGAGGUAGUACCUCGACCUUACAAGAAGAUCAUAUCUAAAUAAUACUGCUUUCAAGCAGUGUUGUGUUCCUGUGGCGAGUAAGGAUAUAAAUCGAUUUUGUGUUAAAAUAAAUCCUUAUUUAUUUAAAGGCCUAAAUUUGGCUAUCGGACAACGGUACAAAAUAAUUUCAAGUUUUGAAUGCCUGAAAUUUUAAACUUAUAGCCAUCGAAAUAAGGUUGAAUUUUGAUAUUCUUGCAUUGUAGACAUACGUUUGACCGACCAAAAUGCCUAUGUAAAGAUCAUUCACAAGUAUGAUAUAUAUCAUACUUACCUGUAAUGUUAUUUGUAAAUAGACAAUUAUAAUUGGAUUUCCAUUGUGUAAUUUUAAUAUUUUAAAUAAAGUUUAAGAAAGCA